ACUUCCCCACCCCCCUCUAUCUUCCAAAGAUUUAUAAGCCCGCCACCAACGAAACCGAGAGGGAAAAAAACAGCCCACCUUCGAGCUCUCGUCUCAAGCAACUUUCGCACCCCCCCCGUCACCUUCCGUUACCCUUUCUCCUCCCUAUAUCGAGAGCCGGAUGGGUGUCGCGCUCGCCGUGCAACAGCGAUAAAUGAUGCUCACGGAAUGUGAGAGGUUUCUCAGCGAACGCCUCCUGCGGCUUCCCGCCGACCACAACAACCGCUAUGGACCCCAAGCCGAGAAAGAGCUUCUCGAGGUGCUCUUCCGCUCGCUGACCGGCCAGAAUGAGGGAUACCUUCGACAGUUAUUUCCCAACGGGUUGCCGUCCGGCCCCUGGAAGCUGGCAGAGGCCCAGGGCGCCGAGGAAGGUGCGGAGUAUACCGAGGCGGCGCGGGGCAAGCGCUGCGGCCAUAUCUUCAGGGCCGGCGAGGCCACCUACCGCUGCAUCACCUGCGCCAUGGACGACACCUGCGUGCUGUGCAGCCGGUGCUUCGACUCCUCCGACCACACCGGCCACCAGUAUCAGAUCUCGCUGUCGUCGGGCAACUGCGGCUGCUGCGACUGUGGAGACGAGGAGGCCUGGCGCCUGCCGUUGUUCUGUGCGAUCCAUACUGACAGCGAGGACAAGAAAAAGGGGAAGCAGAGGGCCCAGUCGCAACUGCCUUCGGAUUGGGUGAAGGCCAUCCGACUCACCAUCUCGCGCGCCUUGGAUUAUUUCUGCGACGUCAUCUCCUGCUCGCCCGAACAGCUGCGACUGCCCAAGACUGAAGAAGGGAUCAAGAAGGAUGAGGAAGCUUCCCGGCUGCGUCCGGGCUGGUAUGGGCCCGGUGAUGAAGCGGAGGAGGAACCCGAGUAUGCCCUCGCCCUCUGGAACGAUGAGAAGCACACCAUCAAGGACGUCGCCACGCAAGUCACGCGAGCUUGUCGAGAGACGAAUCGCUUCGGCUUCGAGCGUGCCCACGAGACCAAUGACAUUGGACGCAGCGUGGUCAAGUAUUCCCGGGACCUGCCGCGACUGCUGGACGUGUCGAAGAUCAUUGAGCACAUCAGGGUCACCGUCACUAUCCGAUCCGCCCGCGAUACGUUCCGCGAGCAGAUGUGCGCGACCAUCGUCGAGUGGCUGCUGGAUAUCUCUGGAUGUAGCGUCGGAGAUGAUAACGAGAUUCUGCGCCACAUCAUCUGUGAAGAACUGCUUACGCCGUGGAGGCGUGGUAGCGGUGCCUACAAUGCGGACAUCGGGUUGAAAGGCAUCGAUGACCACCAACAGGACGAGGCGUCCCCGUGGCGCACGGUCAUGCUCACAAUAUCCCCCCAAGUCAACGUUGUACUGGCCGCGGCUGGCGAUGAUGAUGACGAUGAUGAGGAUGUCAAUUCGGGCAACGAGCAGGAAGGUGUCAAUGACGAGGAGGAGGCGGAAGAAUUCGAAGAGUACCUGCGUGCAGCGGGCGAGACCAACGAAGACGAAGAUGAUGAUGACAUGGAACUCGAAAUGAACCGACUUCGGGAUGAGGUAGACGACGAUAAUGAUAUGGUUAUGGGCGACGCGGAUGACGCUCUGGACAUCGCUCAGACCAUCUUAGGACUCGCCCAGCGGGAACAACAGCGGGAGCAACAGCGCGCCCGGCAGCAGCAGCAGCAGCAAGAUGAACAGGGAGAGCAGCAGUCACAGGACUUGCGGAGGCAGGAGGCGCAAGAAGGGGCGCAGAACCGGUCGAACCAGGAGGAUUCGCAACCCACCGCCAACGAGCAGGCCCCCAAUGAACAGCACGAGCGACCGCCGACUUCCCUUGUUCCUAUCCCCAAGACACCGUCAGGGGUGGUUCGACCAUCGCCGGCGAAAACGCCUAUUCAUUGGCAGUAUCGAUCCCAUGCUGCAGGGGAAGGGCAGGGUGUGCCGGUUUACGAGGACUUGUCGCAGCGCACUCGUCUCGACUGGAUGAUUCUCUAUGAUCUUCGCCUCUGGAAAAAGACUCGUACCGAACUCCGCGAUCUCUAUAUCGGCACCGUUGUCAAUGUUCCUCAAUUCAAGCGGAUCAUGGGUUUGCGCCUGUCAGCCCUCUACACGGCGCUCGCGCAGUUGUACCUGAUUGCAGACAGAGAGCCCGACCACUCCAUUGUCAACCUCUCCUUGCAGCUUCUGACCACCCCGUCUAUCACGGAAGAGAUUCUCCUGCGUGGAAACUUUUUGACCAAGGUCAUGGCCAUUUUGUACACGUUUCUUACAACUAGGCAGGUCGGUGAACCUCAUGAAGUUAAUCCCAACGCCACCCUGGCAUUCGACGCUGGGUCCGUGACCAACAGGCGUCUGUACCAUUUCUUCUUGGAUCUACGGUACCUGCUGCAAUCCGAAUACGUCCAGAAUCGCGUGCGCGCGGAAGAACAAUACCUGUCUCAAUUCCUGGAUCUUGUCAAGCUCUCGCAAGGCAUAUGCCCCAAUGUGCGUGCUGUAGGGGAGCAUGUUGAGUACGAGACCGACGCUUGGAUCAGCGCGUCAGUCCUCAUGCGAGAGAUCAAUCGGCUCUGUCGCCAAUUCUGCGAGGCCUUCCGUAACCCCGAGAUCGAUGGAGGUGCAAAGCUGCUGCGAGCCAUCCGAUCAGCCACCAUCUCUGCCGUGGCUCACUCAUACGGAUUGGAGCUCAAGCGUUUCAGCCAGGCCGAGAUCAAGGAUUACGUGUCUUUCAAAACUCUGCCUCCCUUUGAUUUUGAGGUCAACCAGGAACAUGUUCCACGAUACCGGGUUGUAGACUUCGUCGUCGAACGUGGCUGGAUGAGUUUCCAUCAUGCGCUUCAUUACACGCUAUCCUGGUUGCUGGAGUGCGGUCGUAAUGUAAGCGGCGCUGUCAUGCGCGAUGUACUCAUGGACGCUGCACAGGCGGCGAAUGACCAAUACAUCCACGACUCACAGCUGAACUCCGAGGAUCUGCUCCUGGCAAUGUUCGAUUAUCCCCUCAGAGUUUGCGCCUGGCUGGCACAGAUGAAGGCUGGCAUGUGGGUUCGCAACGGUCUCAGCCUUCGGCAUCAGAUGUCACAGUACCGGGGAGUCUCAUCCCGCGACUUUGCGUAUUAUCGCGACAUCUUUCUGCUUCAGACUGCCAUGGUCACCUGCGAUCCUAGUCGGGUUCUUGCAUCCAUCGCGGAACGUUUCGGCAUGGUGGACUGGGUGAACCGGGAUUACAGCCCGCGGAGCGUCUACGAGGACAACCAGAUCGUCGACGUGGCCGAGGAGUUCAUCCACCUCUUGAUUAUCCUACUGACGGACCGUACCUCGAUCACUGCCAUUGACGACAGCGACAGUGCGACUCGGGAGAGCAUCAUUCGUGAUAUCGCGCAUGUCCUUUGUUUCAGGCCGCUAUCCUUCUCCGAUCUGUCCACACGCCUCAGCGACAAGCCCCUUGACUCGGACAUGUUCCAGGAUGUGCUCGAGGAGGUUGCGAAAUUCCGGGCACCAGAGGGGUUGAAUGAUACAGGUACCUUCGAGUUGAAGCCGGAGUAUCUUGACCUUAUUGAUCCGUACAGCGCUCAUUACACCAAGAAUCAACGGGAUGAAGCGGAGAACAUUUACAGAAACUGGGUGGCCAAGAAAACUGGCAAAAAGGCGGAUGACGUGGUGUUUGAGCCCAAACUACGUCCCAUCACCACCGGAGCUUUCUCCGAGCUUCAUCGCUUCACCCGGACAAUGGUCUUCGCUCAGCUUGUGCACCAUUGUCUGGAUUAUGUGGUGUCGUUCAAGGAGCGUACUCCGCAUAUUCAACCUACUCGGAUUGAGACUUUCCUUCAGGUGGUCCUACAUUUGAUUCUCGCCGCCUCGCUGGAUGACAAGAGCGAUGAGGAUGAAAUGUCCGACGGCUCGCCGGCAUCCUUCAUUUCCCACGCUCUGAACAAGGUUCGACACUCGACGCAGGCUGGUCCAGUGACUAUCGUGGGUCUCCUUGAGAAGAUUUCCGUGGUGGACGAUUUCAAAUCAUGCGGAGCCAAGAUCCGGCAUAUUCUGAAGCAAUUCUGGCAAAAGCGUCCCGAGGCCUAUGCCGCAGCUACCGCUUCGCUGAAGUUCCCCUUUGACAGGGUUGACACCAGCACUCCUGCUAUUGACAAUGACAUUGAGAAGGAGGCCAAGAAGAAGCAGGCUUUAGAAAGGCAGGCCCGGGUCAUGGCCCAGUUCCAGCAGCAACAGCAGAACUUCCUCAACAGCCAAGGUGAAUUUGACUGGGGCGAGGGAGACUUCAGUGAUCUCGAGUCCGAACCCGAGACUGCGCCUGAGACUAAGCUGUGGAAGUAUCCUAGUGGCACGUGCAUCCUGUGUCAGGAGGAGACCAACGACUCGCGACUCUACGGCACGUUUGCCUUGAUCCAGGAUAGCACCAUCCUGCGUUGUACUGAUGUAUCGGACGCGGAUUGGGUGCGGGAGGCAAUCCGGACACCGGCGAGCCUGGACAAGUCGGCCGAUCAUCUUCGCCCUUUCGGAGUUGCUGGGGAAAAUCGCACGACCGUCCGCCGAUUGGACUCGACGGGUGGCGAAGUCAUCAGCGAGAAGGUUGGACUCAGCAAAGGCUUCAAGGCCCACAACACGAAUCCGGGGCCGGUGACGACCGGCUGUGGCCAUAUCAUGCAUUACCACUGCUUCGAGGUCUACCUCACUGCUACUGGUCGUCGUCACCAUCAACAAGUCGCUCGCGCCCACCCGGAGUCGCUGGCGCGCAAGGAGUUCGUCUGCCCUCUCUGCAAGGCGCUCGGAAACGCCUUCCUUCCCAUUGUCUGGAAGGGUAAGGAAGAGUCGUACCCGGGAGCCUUGGGUACCGCUGUCUCGUUUGACGAGUUCAUCAAUGUGGAGCUCAAGUCGAUUCUCUCGCAGCCCCGCAACUACGCAUUGCUUGCGGAGAGCAACAGCAAUCCACAGACUCUAGCGUACCAGGAACUCUUUGUGAAGUAUUUGAGCAAGACGUUGGUCCCACCGCUCGCUUCGAAAUUGGGCAACCCCCCAUCCCCUCCCUCCUUCCCGUCGACUCUUUCCAUGCCUACGGUCAGAUUACCAAUGCCUGGUCUCUUCCCUGCCGAGGAACCUUCUGCCACGAGCCCGCUCCAGGCGACCUUCAGUCCGAUCGAGAAUCCUCUUUCCGAAUUGCUGCAGAUCUACCAGAGGCUGAAGCAGACUUUGCGGGUCAAUCACAUCCCAUCCACGUUCAACCAUGUUCCUGGUACUCUGGAAAGCAGUGAUCUGGUACAUACCGACUCGCUGUUCCAGAGCUUUGGCUACAGCAUUGCGGCGGUGGAGAUAGCGCAGCGGGGUGUGGCAUCGGAACCGGGCUCGACCCUGCUGGACAAGAUCCCUCAGCUGACACUGACGCAUCUCCGCAUCCUCGCGGAGACGGCCUUCUCGUACGCGGCGGUCGGUUCACUACAGCAUGGCGAUAGCCCGCAUAACCUCAGCGCGGACGAGGUGCACGAAACGCACCGGCAGAAGAUAUGUCAGUUAUUCAUUGGUCACCCCUACUUGAGUGGCACACCUCUAUUGAGGGAGAGGCGCGAGAUUGAACCGCUCUUGAGCAAGGAUGCGUUUGUAUUCUUGGCCGAGUGUUCGGUUUCGCUGCUGCCGACCGUUCCCAUUGAUAUGCGCCAUUUGAUCCAGAUGUGUUAUGUGGCCGAAAUCGUCAAGGUCGCCAUCACCUACAUUCUCUGGCCUUCGGGGCUGCAGGAAGAAGUGGUUCAGCAUGGCGAUGCCAACUACAUGCCGGCGCUUGAUGAGGCGGACUCCCGGGCCGACUUGAGUCGGCACUUCUUCAACUCCAUCGUCACCGAGCUGAGGACCAACAUCGGACAGGAGGAAAUCACGUCGUUCCCGACCGAGGGUAACUACGUGGCGGACGGAAGCGCCGUGCCGCCGCAGGUGGUGAUGACGCUACGCCGGCUCAUUUCACGUUAUGCCUUGACUUUCCUUCGCAAGGUGGUCAUUCUUCUCCACGUCCAGCACGGGGUCGAGUUCCCCAACACGGGGUUGAACGAUGUUGACGCCCCAGAGCUUGACCGCUUGACCAAGAUCUUACAUCUGCCGUCUCUGGACGAGAUCUUUGGGUCUGUCAACGCUUCACGCAACCGCGGCAGUGUGUUCGACUCGGUCAUCUCGGGCUGGAUUCACCACUGGAAUGUGUCGCGGCCCGGGCUGACGUUCGGCUACCACACGCUGUGGCCGAGCCUCCCCCACCCGGGCAUUUUCGAGCUGGUCGGGCUGCCCAAGUAUUAUGAUAGUCUGAUCGACGAGGCCAACCGGCGGCGGUGCCCGAACUCGAAGAAGGAGCUGACCGAUCCCUGCAUCUGCCUGUUCUGUGGUGACAUCUUCUGCUCGCAGGCCGUGUGUUGCAUGGACAAGAGCCAGAACUUGGGCGGAUGCAACCAACAUGUUUACAAAUGUGGUAAAUACAUCGGCCUCUUCCUCAACAUCCGCAAGUGUAUGGUGAUCUACCUACACAACCGCAGCGGAUCCUGGCACAACGCGCCGUACCUGGACCGUCACGGCGAAGUGGACCCGGGCCUGCGGCGUAACCGUCAAUUGAUCCUGAAUCAGAAACGCUACGAUCGGUUGGUCCGCGACGUGUGGCUUUCGCAUGGGAUUCCGACGAUGAUCAGCCGGAAAUUGGAAGCGGAUAUCAACAAUGGGGGAUGGGAGACGAUGUAAAGAGAUGAGUUGAUGCAAUCGAUGUAUUCAGGGGAGUGAUG